CAAUUCCUUGAUUCCUCCUAGUAUUUCUUAUCUGGAAGAAGCAUCGUGGAUAUAUCCGACAUUCUUCGUCCAAUCUCAUCUAAGAACGAUGUUCUCUACUGCUCCUUCAAGGUAUGCCUUCUCUAAAUCUCUUCUCUUUCUGCAAUCCUCUCGAUCUUCCUCCCUUCUUUCGCUCCGCUCCGCCCUCAUUCUCCAAUUUCGUGUUCAUUCCCAUUCCCCAAACCCUAAUAGCCUACGAGACUCCGUCGCUUCCUUCAAUCGCAUGCUCUCCCUGAGUAACCCGCCUUCCGUUGUCGAAUUUACUAAGAUUUUAGGACUACUUGCUAAGUCCAAACACUACCAAGUGGCUAUCUCACUUUCUGACCAGGCAAAAUUGAAAGGAUUCCAACCAUCUUUAGUUACUCUGUCCAUUUUGAUCAAUUGUUAUUGUCAAGCGGGUGACAUGGCUUCUGCAUUCUCUUCAUUGGGUAAGAUUUUCAAGUGGGGUUAUCAACCGGAUACUAUAACAAUGAAUACGUUGAUGAAAGGACUCUGCAUGAAAGAUGUAGGGAAAGCGCUGGACUUUCACGAUGACCUGUUGACAAAAGGAUUUUGUUUAGACUCAGUUACUUAUGGUAUCUUAGUUAAUGGGCUGUGUAAGAGUGGAAAAACGAGAUGUGCUGUUAAAUUGCUCCAAAUGAUGGGAAGACGGAGAAUUAAAACUAAGCCUGGUUUGAUUAUAUACAGCACAGUCAUUGAUGGCCUUUGUAAAGAAGGGCUUGUAAGUGAGGCAUCUCAAUUGUGUUCUGAAAUGAUGAGCCAAGGAUUAUGUCCUGAUAUUAUCACAUACAACACCUUAAUUCAUGGUCUCCUCUGCGUCAAUCAAAUGCAACAAGCGGCUAGACUUCUAAAUGAAAUAGCUUUGAAAGACAUCACUCCAAAUCUUUAUACCUUUAAUAUCCUAGUCGAUGCAUUUUGCAAAAGAGGAAGGAUUGUAGAAGCUCAGUCUCUCUUUGCCAAGAUGAUGAAAUGCUCUAUAAAACCUGAUGCUGUUACCUUCUCUUCUUUGAUGAAUGGAUACUGUACGGGGAAUAAUGUUAACGAGUCAAUAGAAGUAUUCAACAAGAUGAUAAAAAAUGGCUUGGCUCCUGAUGUCUGGAAUUACAAUAUAUUGAUCAAGGCACAUUGUAAAUUAAAAAUGGUGGAUGAAGCCCUAGAUCUUUUUAAAGAAAUGCGCCGCAAAAAUUUGGUUCCUGAUAGAGUCACUUACAACUCUCUUAUUGAUGGCUUGUGCAAAGCUAAGAGAUUCUCAUAUGUGCAAGAUCUUGUUUAUGAGAUGCCUUGUAAUGGCCAAGCUCCUAAUAUAAUAACCUAUAAUAUUUUGUUGGAUGCAUUUUGCAAAAUGAAACUUCUUGACAAGGCCAUUGCAUUAUACCAGCAAAUCAUCAACCAAGGAAUGCAACCUACAGUGUGGACAUUCAGUAUAUUGAUUGAUGGUCUGUGCAAGGGUGGUAGGCUAAAUUUAGCACAUGAGAUCUUUGAAUUCCUUUUGACUAGAAGUAAUCAUCUAGAUGUCUGCACUUACAACAUUAUGAUGAAUGGCCUUUGCAAAGAAGGCUUGUGCGGUGAAGCAUUGACAUUGCUUUCAAAAAUGACAGAGAAUGGUUGCCUUCCUAAUUUGGUGACAUUUAGAACGCUUGUGGGAGCUCUUUUGAAGAAACAUGAGAAUGAUAAAGCAGAGAUGCUUAUUCAUGAAAUGAUUGGUAGAGGUCUUCUGAAAUAAUAAAAUAAGAAAAUUUUAUCGAGGACCUAUCAUUAAUUCACCCUUUAUGGAUUUAACUGUCAUUCUUUCUAAAUUCAAUAAGGUGAUCAUUCUUACCUUUGCCUGAGACAAACAUCAUCAAGGACUAGGCUCAUUUCAAGUUGUUGCAGCCAUUCAAUUUGCGUCUUGUGGUGAGUUCAAUCUUCAAUGAAGUCUUUUGUUGCAUUGCUAGAGAGGUCCUGCAUGGGGUAAGGCUAUCAGAAGAACAAAGCAGAGAACUUGGCAAGUGGAACACAUGAUGAACAAGUUCCAAUGGUAGAAGCUAAAUUAUUGCAGAGACAGUCCGAUGAUGGUGGUUAAGGCAUAUUUAAGUCAGUGAAGCGGGAGCUCGCUACUUUCUUUGUUUACUCCUUCUAGUCUUGGACUCUCCGACAACAGAUGUUAUAGUCUUCUCUAACGGAAUGUGAUUGUGAGAAUGGUGGUCGGCGAUGAACUUUGGAAAAUGUUAGAAUGAGGAACACAGAACCGUUUAUUUCUCUUGCGUGCGACUCAAUUCCUUCUCGCAUUCCCCCUUUGGAGGAAGCUGCGUUGAUAUUUUCGACAUUGUUCUCCAAUCUCAUCUGAAGAUGUUGUUCUCUUCUGCUACUUCAAGCAUUAUGAUGAACGGACUUUGCAAAGAAAGCUUGUUCAGUGAAGCAUUCACAUUGCUUUCAAGAAUGACAAAGAAUGGCUGCCCUCCUAAUUUGGUGACAUUUAAAACGCUCGUUGGAGCUCUUUUGAAGAAAAAUGAGAAUGAUAAGGCCGAGAUGCUUAUUCAUGAAAUGACUUGUAGAGGUCUUCUAAAAUGUUAAAAUAAGCCAUUCAAUUUGCGUCUUGUGGUGAGUUCAAUCUUCAAUGAAGUCUUUUGUUGUAUUGCUAGAGAGGUCCUGCAUGGGGUAGGGCUAUCGGAAGAACAAAGCAGAGAACUUGGCAAGUGGAACACAUGAUGAACAAGUUCCAAUGGUAGAAGUAGCAAGUAAUGGGCACUGCUAUUGAUCAGCCUAGAGCUCAAAAGCGUUAUUUAUUGUACUAUUUGCAUAAUUUAAAAAAAAAAUCAACAGAUUUUUUAUUUUAUGGUGACUGCUUUUUUUAACCUGUAAAAUAUGCCCUGUAUUUGCGAAAUCAAGAGUUAAAUUGACAUUGCUCAGUAUGCUUCUGCACGGUGCCCGGAAUUUUUGAUGGAUUUAUUGCAUCUAGACACCUACGAAUUAUUUGCUGCCUUACAGGUUAUCUAGGCCUUUGUUUUAUGUGAUAUAUCUUUCAAAGCUAAUUAGCUUAUUAUGUAAACUGGAAAUUCAAUUGUGCAUUUUGAGAUGAGAGUUCUUGA